AUGAUUAAGAAUUUAUCUAUAUUAGAAUCAUUACCAAAUGAAAUUCUUUUUGAUCUAUAUGGAUAUUUCGAUGCCCACGAACUCUAUAAAUCUUUUUAUAAUCUUAAUUCUCGUUUUAAUUAUCUUCUUAAAUCUUUAUCAAAUCUUUCGAUUCAUUUUCGUUCAUUGAAUACGCAUUUAUUUUAUCAUCCGAUGAUAUUUUUUUCACAAAUUCGUACUCUUAGUAUCUAUUCUCAAGAAAAUAUUAAUUUCCAUCAAUUUCCUAAUCUUCGUAGUCUUAUUAUAUGGUCUCCGACAGAUGAACAAAUCUUUCAAAUAAAUAAAGAAUCUUUUCCUUCUAUUGAAUACCUUUGUGUAUCAUUUUCUAUUGCAAAACCUUCGAUUUGUUCUUUAUAUCAAAAGAUUUUUUCCGAUGGUUUUCCUUCAUUAAAAUCUUGUUAUUUAUGUGGAUGUGAAUCACCCAAAAAUUCUAUUCAAUGGAGUCAAUCACCAAAUCUUCAAUAUUUACAUACUACAUCAAACAAUUCAUCUAUUCUAAAUUCUUCUCCGAAUUUAUAUUCUUUGACUUUAGAUUUAUUAAUCUUAGACGAUUUAUUAAUUAAUUUUAAACCUCAUUUUAAUCUUAAACGUUUAGAAUUAAUUAUUAAUAGUAUUAUUUGGUUACAUGAUGAAAAUAAUUUUGAAAUUCUAUUUUCAUCAUUACCAAAUAUUGAACGACUCAGUUUUCAUAAAACAUUUUCUAUAAUAAAUUCUAUUGAUAUACUUUUUAAUUAUAAUUGGUUAUCAAAUAUGAUUACUUCAUUAGAAGAUUUAUCUAAUGAAGUAUUUUUAGAAGUAUUCGAUUAUGUUAAAAUUCAUGAUUUAUCCUAUGGUUUUUUGAAUUUAAAUAAACGUUUAAAUCAAUUGAUUCGUUCACUUAAAAAUUUAUCUUUAAUUAUAAAAAAAGAAAAUACAUAUGAAAGUAUUGCAUUUUCUCAACAAAUGAUUCGUAUUGUUGUUGUUACAUUAGCUAACAUUGAAUUAAAUCCUUUUAGUAAUUUACGAUCUUUAACAUUAAAUAUGGCUAACGAAAAUCAUUUAAAACAAAUUCGAUCAGAUGUUUUACCAGAUCUUGUCUAUCUUUCAAUACCAAUCUCAUUCGAUUUUCAAUUGACAAAACAAUUAGCAUCUGAAAUAUUUUCUAAUUGUUUUACAUCUCUUCGUUAUACAGAUUUGCGUAUAGUAAAUAUGCCUGAUUUUUUAUCAUGGUCACAAUGUUCAUCUCUUCGUUCGAUUCAUUUAUUUUCUCCUAAUAUUAAUAUAAUACCUUUAAUUCUUCAAACAUGUACUCAAUUAACAUAUUUUGGAAUACGUAUUACGAAUGAACAUAGAUUAAAAAUCUUUUCAUUACCAAAUAUAUCAAAUCAUCCAUUAAAAGAAUUUAUUUUUAUACAACCUCGAAAUUCGACAUUUAUUUUUGAUAUAGAAAGUAUUUUUCCUUUAAUACCAAAUCUAAAACGAUUAGAUUUACAAUUAUAUACAACAUCAUUUAUUGAUUUAAUUGAAUUAAUUUCCAAAUCAUUUCAUAAUUUAAUUUGUUUCAAUUGUUAUAUUAUGGAAUAUCGAAAUAAAGAUGAAAUUAUUGAUAUUUAUAAAAUAAGAAAUAUUCAUUCAUCUUAUUUUAAUAUUCAAUAUAUAUUAAGAGAACAUGAUUCUUGUUUAUAUACAACACACCAGAAUUUAAUUCGAUUAGAAAAUUUACCUAAUGAAUUAUUAAUUGAUAUAUUUAAAUAUCUUGAUAUAAGACGAUUAUAUCGUAGUUUUUAUAAUCUUAAUGAUCGAAUUAAUAAUCUUCUUGAAUCUCUUAAUCAACUUUAUCUUGUUAUUUGGUCAUUAAAAGAUGAUCAUUAUGAUGAUUUAUUUGCUUCACGUGUUCAUACAUUAAUUGUACAUUUUAAUGUUAGUUAUAAUUUAUCUCGAUAUAAUAAUGUUCGUCAUUUAGUUUUAUUUCAUUCAAAACAUGAUCAAAUAUCUCAAGUAAUGAUUAAUGGUAGUCAUUUAGAAACUAUGUCACUUAUUUCACCCAGAUGUUUUUAUACAACAUUUGGUUUUCAUGAAAUGAUUUUUUCAAAUAAAUUUCCUUAUUUAAAAUCAUGUCAUUUAACAAAUGUAUAUUCACCAUCAUUUCAACUACGGCAAUUAUCAUGGAGUCAAUCACCAUUUCUUCGUUCUCUACAUAUAUCAUCACAUGAUUCACUUAUUCAUGUAGCAAUUUUAAAUGCAUGUCCAAAUUUACAUUCUCUUCAUCUAUCACUAUUUCAAUUAGAUCAUACACCAUUUGAUGUUAAACCACAUAAAAAUCUUAAGAAGAUGAAAUUUAUUCUAAAUAAUUUAAUAUGGCCAUUGGAUAAUACAAUUUUUGAAACAUUUUUCUAUUCAAUGCCAUAUUUAGAACGAUUAAUUAUCCAACGAUCUGCUACUAUUCCAGAAAUGCUUAGUGAUCUUCUUCAAUUUGAUUGGCUUUCCAAAGUUAUUACUCAACAUUUAUCAUAUCUCAAACAAUUUGUAUUUUAUCUCCAUUUUAUAAAUUCUAAUAAAAUGGAUCAAUCUGAAUUCAACAAAGUUAUUUGUCAGAUACAAACAAAUUUUGUAAAUAAUUUUCAUAAUUAUAGACAUUAUCGUCUUAAAAUCAGUAAAAUCUAA